AUGAUUGGAUACAAUUACCUUGCUCAUUCGGAAGUAUUAACUCCAUUCCUUAUAUUUUGUCGAUAUUUUGAUGAUUUGGGUGCAGUUAGUACAUGGCAAAUAGUUGGGCAGCAUAUUGUUUCCAAUUUAAAUAUGUUAUUGAUUUUAUCUCAGGCGAUAGCGACCACAGUUAUGAUUCUACAACGAUCUAAUCAGGAAGAAGAAAACGAGUCUCUCAGAAUAUUUCGAGAAAUUCUUGGAAUUACUUAUGAAACUAAUAUUGAUUCAAUUUACUCUGUUAAAGCUAUAUACACGUAUCUCAUUAUAUUUGUAUUCUCAGUCGUUUCAAUGAUUAUACGUUUAGACCAACGAAAAUCCAGAACAAUACUACCAAUGCCGUCAUUAUUGUUUAAUUCUUUUUACAAUAUUAUAUCACCUAUAUUUGUUACAUGCAUAUGUAUCGGAUUUUCAUCAUCAUUGUUUAAUUUGAUAGCUCUUGACAAUAUAAAUGCAAUUGUAAUCUUAAUUCUUUCAGGAUUAUCAGCACCUGCUGCAAUUUAUGGAGUUAUUCGAGUUAUUACAGAUUCACGCAUGGAAAAGCUUCCAUACGCUUCUCCUAUGAUAGAAAUUUCAAUGGGCGUUUUUUACUACUAUAUUGCAUGCAUUGUCGGUUUAAUUUACGUAGAAUAUUCAAAUACAGAGCGAGUCUCAACACUUUUUCUUACAAUUGUUUUAAUGGUAAUUGGAGCAAUUUUUAUGUUCCAAAUCUUUAAAUUUCCUAUAUAUCAUUCACCAUGGCAUUCACUGAUUGCAAGAAUCGUCUUAGGAACAGUAACUGCAUGUCUUGGAGUAAUUUGCACUUCAACAUCUUCAAAAAUUUCAAUUAAAAAGGCCCUAACUGAUAUUGGAAUUACUGCGAUAACAUUUGCUGUUAUAGGAACAUUGCAUACAUAUAUGUCACGUUGGUGGGUUCGAAGAACUUUGAAAAGAAUCGAAAUUGUUGAUCCUAAAAACUAUUCACCUCAAAGACUUGCGAGAUUCCUUUGUGUUGCUGAUGUAAGAGCUGACCAAGAGAAAUUUGCCAAUGAUUUUCCAGAACAAGUCAUGAAUUGUUUUCCGGAUAAUCAAUCGCUCGUUGUUUUUUCGAUUGUAUACAAAUUAUACGAUAUUAAUGCUCAUAAGGAUUUAUUACUAUUUGCGCAGCGUUUAUCAAUGUUCAACGCAACAAAUAAUUAUUUAUCUUCAAUAUUAAGAUCGAUUAUAUUUGUUGCUCAAUCAUCGACAUUAGCGAAGGGUAAAGGUAUAUCUUCUGCACUUCUUUCGAGAUGUUAUAAGCUAGAAGAGCAGUUUUGGCUCCAUUCAAUACAAAAUAACCGAAAAAUGUCUCAAAUUGUUUAUCUAAACCUAUCGAAACUUGUUCAACGUGCCAAGCCAUUCUUCGAACGCCAUAACGCUGUGAUCGGCGGAAUAGACGCUUUUUUGGGAAAUAUUUUAUUCACAAAAACCAAUAAAUUACAGAACAAUUAUCUACCAGAUGGACAAGAAGAGGAAGAAAAAUCAGAGAAUGGCCUCCAACUCCAAGAAUAUUUUGAUGUCAAUGAUGAUUAUUUUUCUGAAAGGAUGGAAAGCAUUUCUAAGUAUAAUCCUGCUAACUACAAGCUUGUAAGAGGACUUUUGAUCACUAUAAUUAUUCUUAUUAUUUUUGUUUGCGUUUUAAUUUACAUUUCAGUCUCUCAUGUUGAUUCUUUCUCAUAUGCAAAGUAUAAUUUAGUUCAGAACCUUUACAAAAUCUUUGCCAUUAUCAUUAACUCUUGUUCAAUUCCUGGAUAUUAUUAUCUUCAUCCGGUAGAUAACCAAACAAGAGCAGAAUUGGUGCAAUAUAUUAACGACUCAUAUGAUUUUAUUUAUGACAUCAAGGCUAUAAGUAAUAAUGCGACACUAUUUGGAAAAUUUGAAAAUUUGAAGCAAUUAGUUCAAAAUGCAACACUAGCAGGUACUUACGUUAAUAAUACUAACUCAUCAACUGAAUUAUUUGGCUUGCUUUAUUGGAGAGGAAGGGUUUUAUUUGAUUCUUUUUCUAAUUAUGGUCAAAAAGGAUCAAGUACACUCAAGAGAUGCCUCUAUUGUUUAACUGCUGCAUUUUUCGUAUUUCUUAUCCUAUUUUUAGUUGCAAAAUUCGGAAUGGCAAAAUAUUACGAAUUUGUUGGAGGACAGACCAUGUAUUUUAACAAAGACUUUGCAUCAAUGAUGAAAGUAAGAUAUGAAGCUCUUACAACUAUUGAUAUUAGGCUUACAGAAGAGCAAUUCAAAUAUAAGGAUUCUUUUUGGGUCUUUUUCAUCAUUGCUUUCCUUCCAUUCUUUAUAUCAUAUGCAUAUUGUCUUGAUUUAUACUCAGUUUCUUCAAAAUUUGUACAAUUUAACACCAAUACUUUAUAUAUCAGUCAAAUUGUACCAAUGAUAGCCAAUAAUAACCUCCUAUUACCACAAUAUUUGAGUAAUUCAACAGGAUUGAAUAACAGUUUAGCUUUAGAAUCUGUCAGAUUAACAUAUUCGUUAAUUACAUCAUUGAUUAACUCUUUGUACAUCCAUCCUGUUACAUAUAACUAUGACAAUAUUACCAACUUCGAAGAAGAUCCAAAUAUGAUCAAUUUCACAACAAUUAAAGAAAAAGAACUCAAACAAAAGCUAGAUAUCAUAAAUAAGACAAUAUUUUCAGAUUUCUUCAAUGCUACAACAAUUUUGCUCAGAGAUUGUUACCUUUUACUAUCAGAAGAAAACGAAGAAAACCUAGAUUACGUUCUUAAGAUGUUAGUUCCGACCACUUUAAGCACUGUGCAGUCUGCAAAAGAUCUACUUUAUGAAUUUAACUUCAGACUUACAUUUUUAGGUGAUUCUGUAUUAUUUACUUUUAUAUUUGCACCAAUACUAUUCAUUUUAGCACUAUUUUUGAUGACAAUAUACGUGUAUAUGGCUAUUAAAAGGCUUGAUACCUCCUGUGACCUUGUUAAAAGAAUUAUUUCCCUUCCAAGAUUAGAUAAUCCUUUCUUUGACGAAGCCAAUCAGUUCACAGGUUUCAAGAAGCUUCCUAAACGCUUAUCAUCAGAGAUUUAUUCGGCAUUUCCGAUGCCAACGUUCCAAGUUACAAAAGAAAAGAAGAUUUUACAUGAAAACGAGAUCGCAUGUGGAGUAUUUGGUGAUAUAGUAGGUACAGAUGCUUCUAUCCUUCCUCAGAAAGUGAUAGAUUCCACAGGUCAUCAUCAUUAUUUCAAUUAUUCUUGGCAUUUCAAAAAAGCACUUCCAAAAUCAUUACAUGUUGAUGGAAAUGCUGUUAUUAUAUCAAAUGAUAUAACAAGUCUCGUAAACAAACGCGAAAUGCUCAAGAAUUUGUACAAAGACAUACGACUCACUUUUUCAAUUCCGACGGUUUUACAAAGAGAGAAACCAACACAUAUUCAAAACGUCGCUAUUGUUAAUUUCUGUUUCUCAAGGGAUGUAACCAAUGAAAAGUUCCUUAACUACUCUUCGAAGAUUGAAGAUUUCUUCAGUCAAUUCGUUUCAUUUUUCAUGUUUGAAAAAAUGAGAUUUUCUUUUUACGUUUUGUUCUAUGAUCCAAAUGCAUCCAGACAAGCUUCAAGAGAUGCAAUAAGCUUCGCACAGAUCGCUAGAUACGAAGCAAAUAAUAGACAAGUCGAGUGUAAAAUAGCCGUGGCGAUGGAAGAAGAAGUUGUUGCAAAAGCGGAGAAAACUGACAUGAUUUGGUCGGUGAAGUUCCCUAAUGCAAUUUUGUGGAGAACUGACGCAAUGUUCUCGCAGAUUGAUUACGGACGUAUUAUAUGCUUGUCUAAAAUGUCUCCUGGCAUGCAUUUCACGAAGUCGAUUCACAUCGGCAUAACUAAUGAACAAACUGAAGUUAUUACAUUCUAA